UCUGGCUGCUUUGGUUUGGCGGAGAAGAUGGCGGCUCCGGGACCGGGGGAGUAUUUCAGCAUCGGGAGUCAUGUCGCCUGCCUCACCUGCCUGGGACAGCGCUUACAGGGAGAGGUCGUCGCUUUCGAUUAUCAGACCAAAAUGCUGACUUUGAAAUGCCCCUCCUCCAGCGGGAAGUCCCACCUUAAUGACGUCAUCCUGGUUAAUUUAGCCUACGUGUCCAAAGUGGACACCAUCAACGAGCGCAGCGGGACUCCGCCCCCUUUAGCGUCUCUCAAUUUCAGUAAGCUCGCCAGUAGAGCCCGGGCGGAAAAAGAAGACAAGCUGUCACAGGCGUACGCGAUCAGCGCCGGCGUGUCGGUGGAGGGCCAGCAGCUGUUCCAGACCAUUCAUAAAACCAUCAAAGACUGUAAGUGGCAGGAGAAGAACAUCGUGGUGAUGGACGAUGUCGUCAUCACACCGCCGUACCGAGCGGACAACUGCAGAGGCAAAGAGGGCAGUGCGUUAGGACACGUACGCAAGAUCGUGGAGAAACACUUCCGUGACCUGGACCAGAAGUCUGUGCAGCGCUCACAACCACAGCAAACACAGAAGGACUCGGUGUUGUCGGCGUGAGCACCGGCCUCAGCACUCGAUGUGUUUUGUUUGUUUUGGGGUUUUAUUUUGUAAUCUGCCUUGAGGCCGAGGUCAAGGCCGAGGUAACCGCCUCCUACGUCCCCGCCGGCACAAGCGUUCGACACGGAGAACUAAAAAACAAAAAAACGGCCAAAUCGACAGAAUAACAAAUAAUUUUCAAAAAUAUUUAAAGUAACCAUGGAAUGUCCUUUUUUUUUUUUUUCCCUCAGCACCCCCCCCCCCCCCCCCCCCCCCCGAAAUAAAUGCCCUCCUCUUUAACAUAUUUGCCAAGAAGAAUGAACAUCAGGUGAACAUGUUCAGAACAUUGUUUUAUGUCCUUUUUUUUUUUUUUUAAUUUAAGAGUGGAUGGAAAUGAUGCGUGCAUUCACACUGCAGUGAUGUUGAGUGUGUUGGUUUUAUUCUUCUCUCCCCUCCACCCUUCUCUAAUUAAUUUUGCAUGGAAAUGAGGGGGAAAAAAAUCCAAUGCAGCGUAGCUCAUGCUAGCUGAGAGCUGUCGAUCCAUCAAGGGAGUUCUGGCGACGCCUCAUGAGGUUGGACGUGGUCGAGUCGAGGCGGAGCUUUGUGGCAACGAAUACGGAGUCACGCAUGCAAUUUAUUCGUACGCUUUCACGUUCAUUUUGGAAGUUAGAUAGAUCUACUGAGUGGCCAUGGCAACCAGUGGCACAGUGAAACCAUGGCGACCAGCACUCCACUAAAGAUGGCACCUAGUGAUCAACGUAGUGACGAUAAACAGACAAACAUUUAGAUACUUUGUGAAGGUAAAGGAAGGGAGUUGCUUUGCUGCAGUGUGAAUGUACCACCUGAUCAUGGUGUCCAAUCAGAGCCGACUUUCUGAAACGCAUCGUCGUAAAGGAAAUCUCCCCUGAGACACGCUUGUAUUGAAAUGUGUGACGCGUUUGGGGAAUCUGGUGCUACUCUGUUGGUUUGUUGCUGUAUUAUUGUUGUUGUUCCUGUGAGAAGUUAGCGGUUGUGUGUCGCUCUGUCGUCACAGAGGGACGUUGUUAUAGCCAGCGAGUUUAAUAGGAACAAAGACCUCGAACGGAAGGUCGGAUUUUGCUCUGAGCUCCGAUGUUCUUAUUAACGAGAAAUCCCGUAUAGAAGUUUUGGAGAUGUUGGCGCAAACGCUAGACUUGAACGCAAAGCUGGCGUACGAUGGAAUGGAGACUCGGCUAGUUAGCGCUGUACGAGAUGACGAGCGCGAUGGAGUUGGUGGGGUUAUUAGCAUGGAAGUUGAAGCUUUGGAAGAUGACUUGUUUUGAGGAGAUGAGGGAGCUGGAUAGAUUAAAAGAUUAAAGCGCCGCCGCGUCUCUCUUUUAGGUAGAGAUGAUUCGAGGGUUAAAUCCAGUUACACCCUUAUCAGGCAGCCGAACGGCAUUGACGGUGAAAGUAGACAAUCACAUCCAUGAAAGGAGUUUGAACUAAAAACCCAGAUUAUAAUUAUAAAGUUUAAUAUCACCUUUUUAUUUUGUUUUUUGUUUGUUUUUUGACAAACUCCGCCCUGAUCCACAGACAGACAUCGUACUCUAUUCCACGUUCCCUGUAUGGGAUCUGAGCCGAUCGGACAGAACGUUCAAAGUUUAUCCUCAAACCAACCAAUCAGGAACACAGGGUACAUGGUAUAGGUGUGUUAGGAGUUUGUGGGCGUGUCCACACCAUGUUCGUCUUCGUUUUUUAAUAUCAGGUGCUGGACAUGAAUCCUUUUCAUCUUUUAAAAAAAAAAAAAGAUGCUCUAAAGGCUUGUAACUUGACAGAGGAUUUCUGUCCGUGUGUUUGGCUGCUUAUACUUUGAAACGAAGGAGUAAAACUUUUCACGGAGUUUACAUUGUCUGAAAACUCCAAGCUGGCAGUGGAUAUGGCUGCUUCCAUCGUGAUGAGAACUCGUAGUAUUAUUAUUAUUAUUUCUUCUUUUUAAACACCUCAUUGUGAAGCGAAGAGCGUCUCUUCACUCCUGUACAGCAGAAAGCCUCAGCAAUGAAUUUUAACAAGUGUUCAUGCAAGACUCGUACAUUUCUCUCUUUUAUUUUUUUAUUCCCCUCCCCCCCCAACAUGUUCAGACACAGGAAGGUUUAUUGGUGUGGAUUUUUUUUUUUUUUUUUUUGCAGUUACGCUUUCACCUCUCGAGACUGUGAACUGGAAUUCUUUGUAACCUCUUUUGAAAAAGACAAAUGUGACCUUGUGAAUACCUCUUGCCUAAUAACAGGACCUCAUUUCCCCCCAUCAUUCCAUGACUUUUCUUCCACAUCUGGCGAGAAGGCUUUUUUUUUUUUUUUUUCCCCCCUUCGCAGCAAACAUAAGCGGUACUGAUCUCAGAACAAGAUUCCAAAAAAACCCCAAAAUACAUAUGAGCUGUGAUGCCAUGUUUCAGACUGAGGAAGGAAGGAAGGUACUCGUGGUCCUGUGGCUCGCAGCAUCGUGACACAACUGCGGUCUGAUACGGAGAUUCCAGCUGCGGCGCCAGACUGAAACGGUUGUCUGCGUUAGCGGUUCACGUCCAGCUCUAACGAGCGCUAAAGAACCCACCGUCGCUUGGAACUUUUUUUUUUUUCCCCAUUUUUGAUUUUCAAAUACAUGACAUGGAAGUGACUAAUUAAAAAAAGUCAAACAGAA